GCAGAAGAAGGCCUCACGAGUACAGACUGGCUCGCGUUCGCGCAGACGGCUAUCGUGGCCGCGAUUGUGCUGGUUAUCGGGCUUUUCGCCGGGCGCUCUGGGAGAUUCCCAAGGCAUGUGACUAGAAAGGUGUUGCACAUCGGCAUGGGCGGCACCUAUGUGCUGCACUGGGCCCUGUUCACACAAGGCUCGCUGCAGGCGCGGGUGCUGUGCGCCCUGGUGCCCUUCACAGCAACGUUGGUGUUUGCCCUGGUGGGACUGGGCCUGGUGCCCCUCGAUGUGCUGGUCAAGACCGCGACGCGCUCCGGCCGUCGCGAGGAGCUGCUGAGCGGGCCGCUGCUGUACGGGCUGGUUCACUCGCUGCUGACGGUGGUGUUCUUCACGGCCUCGCCCGCGGGCGCCAUCGCGGUGGCCGUGCUGUGCUGGGGCGACGGCGCCGCGGAGCUGGCGGGGCGGAGCUACGGCGUGGCACGGCUGCCACACAGCCCCGGCAAGACCUGGGCAGGAAGUGCUGCGUGCCUGGUGGCAGGGUUCGUGUUCUCCCUCGCCUACGCCUCGCUCUUCCGCCACCUCGCCACCUUUGACCGCCCCGUCAGCGUCCGCGAGUUGGCUGUUGGCUGCGGGCUGUGUGCGGCCGCGGGGACGCUGGCGGAGUCAUUGCCGCUUGAAGGGGACAACCUGUGGGUGCCGCUCGCGACUGUGGUGACCAGCGUAUGGUGGUUCGGGUUCUAAGGUGGUCGAACAUGGUGCAUGCGCUGAAGGAACCCCGGGGAAAGCUGAGAUAGCCCAAGCCCAGGCCACAGUGCAUACACAAACAGCAGUUAGACGAGCCGCCGGCGCAGGGUUCUGAGGUGGGCGUGUAGGUGAUGUAGGAGGCUGGGCGCUCGUGGGGCUGUUAUGUGCUUGCUAUGCGAGGGCGCUCCAGUGCAUACAGUCUAUGCAGCGGUAGCUUGAUGUGUCGUUGUGCGAUGUGGGGUGUGCAGCUACCUUGAGGCGUGGGCGUCUGGGCGUGUAGGUACCGUGUGUGGGAGCCACCGGCAGAUAGCCUGCACCCGCUGGUUGGCGCCACAUGUUCGUACAGCGCUGAGCGGCUUAGGCAUGGCGAAACGCAUGUGUAAGUUGGACGCUUGAUGCAUCCAUUGGGUGCUGGGAGGUGGUCGACAAGCAGGGGCGUGUUCAGUCCAUUCUGUUACGCGGCCGUUUCAUGGCAUGAGCGAGUGACUGAUAAAGUGCUGGAGUGACUGUACCGAGGCGUCGCUGGCUUGCUUGUAGGCAGGCAGUUACGCUGACGCGCAUUCCGCACAUUGAUUGAUCGUUAGGGUUCCACUUGCCGUUGCUCGUGGAGUUGUUUGAUGACCACCAUUGACAGUUGCCAGUAUGCGGUGCGGGGUGUCGUACGGAAGCCGUCAGCAGGAGUAGAAGGGAGGGAGGGAGGGAGGGGGCCGGGCGGAUGACAGCACGGAACUAGCCGUGUGGAGUGGGUCCAAAGGGGCAUAGGCUAGGGCAGUGGCCAUGGGCAGUGGCCGAGCUGUGGCACCCAUUUCAUCUG